AUGCUUCGUGUACGCCGUGCAGGGGCUCUGCCCUCGAGGACUCUGCUCGCGCUGCUCCCGCAGACGACACGGCGCAGCGCCUCGUCCUCAUCUUCAUCCUCGUCCUCGAAGCCGGCCAGAGAGAUAAACAGCGUGUCGAGACAUGUCACCCAGCCCAUCUCGCAGGGCGCCUCGCAGGCGAUGCUGUAUGCCACCGGCCUGUCGACGGAGGACAUGUCCAAGGCGCAGGUCGGCAUCUCCAGCGUCUGGUACAACGGCAACCCGUGCAACAUGCACCUGCUCGACCUCAGCGACAGAGUGCGCGCGGGCGUGCAGAAGAGCGGCCUGAUCGGGUUCCAGUUCAACACGAUCGGGGUCAGCGACGGCAUCAGCAUGGGCACCAGGGGGAUGCGCUACAGCCUGCAGAGCCGCGACCUGAUCGCGGACUCGAUCGAGACGGUGAUGGGCGGCCAGUGGUACGACGCCAACAUCAGCAUCCCCGGCUGCGACAAGAACAUGCCCGGCGUCGUCAUGGCCAUGGGCAGGGUCAACCGGCCCAGCCUGAUGGUCUACGGGGGCACCAUCCGCCCCGGCUGCGCGGCCACCCAGGGCAACGCAGACAUCGACAUCGUCUCCGCCUUCCAGGCGUACGGCCAGUUCCUCACCGGCGAGAUCACCGAGGAGCAGCGCUUCGACAUCAUCCGGCACGCCUGCCCCGGCGGCGGUGCCUGUGGCGGCAUGUACACCGCCAACACCAUGGCCUCCGCCAUCGAGGUCAUGGGCAUGACCCUGCCCGGCUCCUCCUCCAACCCGGCCGAGUCCAAGGCCAAGCACCUCGAGUGCGAGGCCGCCGGUGCUGCCAUCAGGCGUCUGCUGGUCGAGGACAUCCGGCCGUCGGACAUCCUCACCCGGCAGGCCUUCGAGAACGCCAUGGUCCUGGUCACCGUCACCGGCGGCUCGACCAACGCCGUCCUGCACCUGAUCGCGAUCGCAGACUCGGUCGGCAUCAGGCUGACGAUAGACGACUUCCAGGCCGUCAGCGACCGCGUGCCGUUCCUCGCCGACCUCAAGCCGUCCGGCAAGUACGUCAUGGCCGACCUGCACAGCAUCGGCGGCACCCCGUCCCUGAUCAAGUUCCUGCUGCGGGAGGGCCUCAUCGACGGCUCGGGCAUGACCGUCACCGGCCAGACGCUGGCCAAAAACGUCGAGACGUUCCCGGACUUCCCGUCAGACCAGAAGAUCAUCCGCCCGCUCUCCGACCCCAUCAAGCCAACCGGCCAUCUCCAGAUCCUGCGCGGCAGCCUGGCGCCCGGCGGAAGCGUCGGCAAGAUCACCGGCAAGGAGGGCACCCGCUUCGUCGGCCGGGCUCGAGUGUUCGACCACGAGGACGAUUUCAUCGCCGCGCUGGAGAACAAGGAGAUCAAGAAGGAGGACAAGACCGUCGUCGUUAUCCGAUACACCGGCCCCAAGGGCGGGCCAGGAAUGCCAGAAAUGCUGAAGCCGUCGUCUGCGCUGAUGGGCGCAGGGCUGGGCCAGUCCGUCGCCCUCAUCACCGACGGCCGGUUCAGCGGCGGCUCCCACGGCUUCCUGAUCGGCCAUAUCGUCCCCGAGGCUGCGGUGGGCGGCCCCAUCGGCCUCGUCGAGGACGGCGACCGGAUCACCAUCGACGCGGAGAAGAGGCUGCUCGACCUCGACGUGGCGGAGGACGUGCUGGCCCGGCGCCGCGAGAAGUGGCUGGCUCGCGAGCAGGCUGGCCACGGGCGGCCGACGGGACUGACCAUGCGAGGGACGCUGGGCAAGUAUGCCAGAUCCGUCAAGGAUGCCAGCCAGGGCUGCAUAACAGAUGCUUUUUGA